AUGCAUAAAACGGAUUCGGGUUUUUAUGUUAUCGACGUUUUGCCACUACAUAAUACUAGCAAACGUCCAUUCCAUCUCGAGAAAAGGAUGAAAUCCAAGAAAUCCUUUUCCUCAUACGGACAUGGUCAUGGUGAUGAUAAACUGCUUCAAUAUAGCCCAUAUGAUGCUCAAAUGAAAAGAGAAGCUAUCCUUGAACAAAGGCGUCUUAAGUUAGCUCGCCAAUUCUUGCACGUAAAAGAUGUUCUUAUUAAACAACAUCAGCGUGCUCUUAAUGAUUCUUCUGCCAAGAGAUCACAAAUUCAACAAACUUUGCGGCUCGCUGAGAAGAAUAGGAAUACCAUCUUGCAACGAUUGGUUGAACAGUGCGCCCAAGAAGUUGCUAGAUGCAAAGAAGUUGCGCGUCAACAACAACUUAAAAACCAAGAGGAAAUUGAUAGACGACGUGCUGAUUUAGAGCGUCGCCAAAGAGCUACCGCUGCUCGUCGUGCCAGACUCCUUACAGUGCCAAAAUCUCGUAUUUUCUCUAACGAGAUGACUAUUCCUCCUACUCGUGAAGAAGCUGCU